GUGGGUAAUGGAGAUACCGGGCCUUGGAAAACCUGUUUGGAAGGGGCAGCGCUGCAGAAUCCUAUUCUAAGUCCUCGGAUAGACCGAUUUCCACCAUGACAUUAAAUGCUAACCAGAAGAUGCCUGCUGAAGAUGGUUCUGGAGACCAUGGGGACACCGCCAGCCUGAGUGCUGUUAACACCAUCUAUAGUAGUCACUCCCCUUCCCAGCCUGGCGCCUUUCAGGAAGAGCCCUUCACCACCUACUUUGAUGAGAAGAUCUCUAUUCCUGAGGAGGAGUAUUCUUGUUUUAGCUUCCGCAAACUCUGGGCCUUUACAGGGCCUGGCUUUCUCAUGAGCAUUGCUUACCUGGAUCCAGGGAACAUUGAGUCUGAUCUGCAGUCUGGAGCAGUGGCCGGGUUUAAGUUGCUCUGGGUUCUCCUCCUGGCCACCAUCGUGGGGCUCCUGCUACAGCGCCUGGCAGCCAGACUGGGAGUGGUCACGGGUCUGCAUCUUGCUGAAGUAUGUCAUCGGCAGUAUCCUAAGGUCCCCCGAAUUAUCCUGUGGCUCAUGGUGGAGACGGCCAUCAUAGGCUCCGAUAUGCAAGAAGUCAUAGGUUCAGCCAUUGCCAUCAAUCUCCUGUCUGCUGGGAGGGUUCCCCUGUGGGGUGGAGUUCUCAUCACCAUAGCAGACACCUUUGUAUUUCUCUUUCUGGACAAAUAUGGUUUGCGGAAACUGGAAGCGUUUUUUGGCUUUCUCAUCACUAUCAUGGCCCUCACAUUUGGAUAUGAAUAUAUUACAGUGGGACCCAGCCAGACUGAGGUGCUGAGAGGCAUGUUCGUCCCCUCUUGUUCAGGCUGUCGCACCCCUCAGGUCGAGCAGGCUGUGGGCAUCGUGGGUGCUGUUAUCAUGCCACAUAACAUGUAUCUGCAUUCGGCACUCGUCAAGUCUAGACAGGUGAACAGGUCCAAGAAGCAAGAGAUUCGAGAAGCCAACAAAUACUUCUUCAUUGAGUCCUGCAUCGCCCUUUUCGUCUCCUUCAUCAUCAACGUCUUUGUUGUCUCUGUCUUUGCUGAGGCCUUUUAUGGACAAAGCAACAUGGAAGUGCAUGAAAUCUGUGUCAAUAAGAGCAGUCCACACAGUGACCUCUUCCCUCAAGACAACAGCACACUGACAGUGGACCUCUACAAGGGGGGUGUGGUUCUGGGGUGCUACUUUGGGCCUGCGGCACUCUACAUCUGGGCAGUGGGGAUCCUGGCUGCAGGACAGAGCUCUACCAUGACGGGGACCUAUUCUGGCCAGUUUGUCAUGGAGGGAUUCCUGAAUCUAAGGUGGUCACGGUUUGCCCGAGUGAUUCUGACCCGUUCCAUCGCCAUCAUCCCAACUCUGCUGAUCUCAGUCUUCCAGGAUGUGGAGCACCUGACAGGGAUGAAUGACUUCCUGAAUGUGCUGCAGAGCUUACAGCUUCCCUUUGCUCUCAUCCCCGUCCUCACAUUUACCAGUCUCCGUCCAGUGAUGAAUGACUUUGCCAAUGGACUGGGCUGGAGGAUCGCAGGUGGGAUCCUUGUUCUUCUUAUCUGUAGCAUCAACAUGUACUUUGUGGUUGUCUAUGUUCAAGACCUGGGGCACAUCGCACUGUACGUGGUGGCUGCCGUAGUGUCUGUGGCCUAUCUCUGUUUUGUGUUCUACCUGGGUUGGCUAUGUUUGAUUGCUCUGGGCUUGUCCUUCAUGGACUGUGGGCAGACGUACCGCCUGGGACUGACUUCUCAUCCUGAACUCUUCCUCCUGAACAACUUCGAUUCGGAUUCCGUUCUCUCUAGAUGACAGCCUCGAGAGAUUCUAUCGAAAUAGUAUUUUCUUAAGAUACUUAUGCCGAGUUACUGUUACAUAAUAACUUUGUUAGUUCAGAGGUGAGUUUUGUUCAACUUGAACAAAACAGACAGAGAUUUCCUUAUGGGGAAAAAAAAAAAAGCUGACCGCUGUAAGUGGAGGGCAGAAAACCUUGUAAAGGUGGCUUAAACAGCCUUGAGAGAGCCCAGUUAAAUGAGUGGCUUGCUUUGGACCCUCGCCCUAUGUGCAUUUUUUUGAAGUUGUAAUUUAUAUUUAUAAAUACUUGUUUGUUUGAGUGGGAUUUUUAAAGUUUUAUAUAAAUUGAUGACUUUAGUUUUGAAAACCAUAUUAGAACUCCAAGAAAUCAGAAUAGACUGAACUCUCCAGAUUAAAAGUGAGAAAGGAGAAUUAAUACGGGGUGGGGAGUAGUUAAAUUGAAUCGGUUAAACCGAAUAUCCUUUCAAUAAGUUGAAUCGGUCCAACCGAAUCCCCUUUCAAAUAAUGCUUAAUGUAAGAAGUCAGUUUUACUUAAAUUGACUAUGGUUAAAGAUCAGAUCAUACACUUGACAUUUGGGAAAAUAUCAUGCCUGAUACCAGCGUUUCUUUUUUCCAAAGAAGCUUCUUGCCUUGUGAAGAAAUUUAGGCUUUAAGCUGAAAGAUAGCAUAAUGUUUGCUAAAGUCUUUAAUUUACUACUUCCAAAUGUUAUAUCCCAACUCAUCAUCAGGCUUUUUUAAUGUUUCUGGUCAGAAGUCAAAUGCCUUAAACAUUUUUACUUGAAAUUUCUGCUCUUCUUUGAAUAUCCUUACCAUUUCAAAUAUUCUCACUUCAUAUAAACACUCCCUACAGACCUAGCGGUCUGUUUUCUGUGGUUACUGAGAUUUCUCUUACCAAGAACUUGACAUGAUCUUAAGUUUCAUCUUAAGGGUGGUUACAUCUGCCUUUUAAGGAAGAGAGCAUAGAGUAGAUAAGUCCUGGUUCCUGAGUACUGGGAUGUCGUGGAAAUGGCCCUGGCCUGGAAAUCAGGAGAUUUAGCUUUGCCAUCACCUCACUUAUCUUCAUGAUCUCUAACCUCUCUUACUCAGUUUCUUCAGAUGUAAAAUGAAGGAUUUGGAUUAGAUGAUAACUUUAAGAUUCUUUCCAGCACCCACAUUCUCUGAUUCUGUGAAACCACUCUAGCCACUAUGAAACUCCAGGUCAGUCUGCUACCUCAUGAAACGGGAGAAAACUAUGAUCCGAGCCCAAUUCAAAAAUUGAGUACACGCCAAGUUAACUUUCUUUUUACGUGUUACCUAAAUGUAUUUACUUUCUACUUUGUUGCCUAACUAAGAGCCUGGGCUCCCAUUGUUAGAAUUAUAUCUUAAACUUUGUUUUAAGCUUAAACAUUCCUUUAGGCAUCAAGAAUUCUAGAAAUUUUUGAGUAUUUGUGGCAUACUGGCCAUUUUCCAACAGUGGAGAUCGGGUGGGGAAUGAGGUUGAAACUUAGUAAGGUUUUGAACCACUUAAGUAGAGAAGUCGUCUUUCAUUACAAAAAAACAUUUGUUAAAUGCUUGUUAUGUUUCCAUGAGCCCAUUAGAUAUGAGGGUGAGCCAGAAGAUAGAGCUCUGCCCCUCAAGGGGUUUCCAAUCUUAAUGCAAGAUUGACUCUAAAUUGGUCUUUUUUGGGCUCAGAGAGAUUUUCUUUGUGACAAUUUAAGCUCUUCUGUUUCUUUUUGAAAAGCUUCAAUCUAAGUUGGUCAUCUCACCACUUAGUGACUCCUUUACCAAAGAGUAGUCAGAAAGAAGGAUAAGAAAGUUCCCUUUUCAAUACAACCAGGUUUCCUAUCCAUUGGCCUCUUGGAUAAAUUGGUUGUCCAAAAUAAGGUUUAGGGAAUGCCUGCCAUUUUCCAUUGGAUUUGAUAAUUAAGGAUAAAUGUGCUUCAGUGGUCUAUAUCUCACAUUACAUAAUGAAAGAUUGUUGUUAUGGCACUUUUGUAAGUCAAAUCAUUUCAAAUGCUCUAGAAUUGUAGAUUCCCGAAGGGCCUUUCACCCCUUGCUUAACUUCUAUGAUGUCUGUGACUGGCAUCUUGCAAUAAAUUUGCUAAUUCCAAAAGCA